GGGGAGCAAGGCAGCUCAUUAAGGCAGCUUCCAGGAGCUCUCCCUCCCGGCUCUUCAAGUCUUAUCAGCCUGGAAGUACUUCUACAACUGCAUCCUGCCAUUGUUUCCUGUCCAUAAUUAAGAGAAGGCCAGGGCCCUGUUGUGACAGCUCCAAGCUAUUGCAGCGUAGAGGAGUGGGUGCUUGGUCACAGCUUGGGCUUGCUCUCCCUGGCUGUGAGAACUUUGCAGCCCCUGGACUAUUCAACAGUGACACAGCCCACAGCCUGAGAAGAUCAGCGGGCAGGCAGUUUCUCUGGAACAUGACCUAGGAGUGGUGGCACAACUGAGCAGCAGUUUUCCCAAGGGACCUUGGAGAGACAGCCCCUAUUUGUAAGGGGGAAGAUGAAUGCUGCCAGGUAUAAGAUCUGGCUGUUUGUUUUGGCCCUCACCUGGCCAGGGACCCUCUGCACAGAAAAGAACCGUGACAGGCCGUCGACGGCCCGAUGCAGCCUCUUUGGGGAUGACUUCAUCAACACUUUUGAUGAGACCAUGUACAGCUUCGCAGGGGGCUGCAGUUACCUCCUGGCUGGGGACUGCCAGCAACGCUCCUUCUCCAUUCUCGGGAACUUCCAAGAUGGCAAGAGAGUGAGCCUGUCUGUGUAUCUUGGGGAGUUUUUUGACAUCCAUUUGUUUGUCAAUGGCACCGUAAUGCAGGGAGACCAAAGCAUCGACAUGCCCUAUGCCUCCAAAGGACUCUACCUAGAACGUGAGGCUGGGUACUUCAAGCUUUCCAGCGAGGCCUUUGGUUUUGUGGCCAGAAUUGAUGGUGAUGGCAACUUCCAGGUCCUGAUGUCAGACAGACACUUCAACAAGACCUGUGGGCUGUGUGGUGACUUUAACAUCUUUGCUGAAGAUGACUUUAGGACGCAGGAAGGGACUUUGACCUCAGAUCCCUAUGACUUUGCCAACUCCUGGGCCCUGAGUAGCGGAGAGCAGCGGUGUAAACGGGCAUCUCCUCCCAGCAGGAACUGCAGCAGCUCCUCUGAGGACAUGCAGAAGGCCAUGUGGGAGCAGUGCCAGCUACUGAAGAGCGCCUCGGUGUUUGCCCGCUGCCACCCUCUGGUGGACCCCGAGCCUUUCGUGGCUCUCUGUGAGAAGAUCCUGUGUACGUGCACCACGGGGCCGGAGUGCGCAUGUCCCGCUCACCUUGAGUACGCUCGGACCUGCACCCAGGAAGGGAUGGUGCUGUACGGCUGGACUGAGCACAGUGCCUGUCGCCCAGCAUGCCCUGCUGGCAUGGAGUAUAAGGAGUGUGUGUCUCCCUGCACCAGGACCUGCCAGAGCCUGCCCAUCAAUGAAGUGUGUCAGCAGCAGUGUAUGGAUGGCUGUGGCUGCCCUGAGGGAGAACUCCUGGAUGAAGGCCUCUGUGUGCAGAGCUCCGAAUGUUCUUGUGUGCAUGCUGGGAAGCGGUACCCUCCCGGGACCUCCCUCUCUCAAGACUGCAACACUUGCAUCUGCAGAAACAGCCUGUGGAUCUGCAGCAAUGAAGAAUGCCCAGGAGAGUGUCUUGUCACAGGCCAAUCCCACUUCAAGAGCUUUGACAACAGAUACUUCACAUUCAGUGGGAUCUGCCAGUACCUGCUGGCCCGGGACUGCCAAGACCACUCUUUCUCCAUCGUCAUAGAGACCGUGCAGUGCGCCGAUGACCCUGACGCCGUCUGCACCCGCUCAGUCAGCGUGCGGCUGUCUGACCUGCACAACAGCCUCGUGAAGCUGAAGCACGGAGGGGGAGUGGCCAUUGACGGCCAGGAUGUUCAGAUUCCCUUCCUGCAAGGUGACCUCCGCAUCCAGCACGUGGUGAUGGCUUCUGUACGCCUCAGCUUCGGGGAGGACCUGCAGAUGGACUGGGAUGGCCGCGGGCGGCUACUGGUUAAGUUGUCCCCAGUCUAUUCUGGGAAGACCUGUGGCUUGUGUGGGAAUUACAAUGGCAACAAGGGAGAUGACUUCCUCACUCCGGCGGGUCUGGUGGAGCCCCUGGUGGUGGACUUCGGAAACGCCUGGAAGCUUCAAGGGGACUGUCCGGACCUGCACCGACAACACAGCGACCCCUGCAGCCUGAACCCACGCUUGACCGGGUUUGCGGAGGAGGCAUGUGCGCUCCUGACUUCUUCCAAGUUCGAGGCCUGCCACCGCACAGUCAGCCCUCUGCCCUACCUGCAGAACUGCCGCUAUGACGUUUGCUCCUGUUCCGACGGCCGGGAGUGCCUGUGUAGCGCAGUGGCCAACUAUGCUGCCGCGUGUGCCGGAAAAGGCGUGCACAUCGCGUGGCGGGAGCCAGACUUCUGCGCUCUGGACUGCCCCCGGGGCCAGGUGUACCUGCAGUGUGGCAAUGCCUGCAACCUGACCUGCCGCUCCCUCUCCUACCCGGAUGAAGAGUGCAGUGAAGUCUGUCUUGAGGGUUGCUUCUGCCCCCCAGGGCUCUAUCAGGAUGAACGAGGGGACUGCGUGCCCAAGGCCCAGUGCCCCUGUUACUACGAUGGUGAGCUCUUCCAACCCGCAGACAUCUUCUCAGACCGUCAUACCAUGUGUUACUGUGAAGAUGGCUUCAUGCACUGUACCCCGAGCGGUGCCCCAGGGAGCCUGUUGCCAGACGUUGUCCUCAGCAGCCCCCUGUCUCACCGCAGCAAAAGGAGCCUGUCCUGUCGGCCACCCAUGGUCAAGUUCCUGUGUCCUGCUGACAACCCACGGGCUCAAGGGCUGGAGUGUGCCAAGACAUGUCAGAACUACGACCUGGAGUGCAUGAGCCCGGGCUGCGUGUCCGGCUGCCUCUGUCCCCCAGGCAUGGUCCGGCAUGAAAACAAGUGUGUGGCCUUGGAGCGCUGUCCCUGCUUCCACCAGGGCCGAGAGUACGCCCCAGGGGAGACAGUGAAGAUCGACUGCAACAGCUGUGUCUGCCAGGACCGGAGGUGGAACUGCACGAACCACGUGUGUGACGCCACCUGCUCUGCCAUCGGUAUGGCCCACUACCUCACCUUUGAUGGACUCAAGUACCUGUUUCCCGGGGAAUGCCAGUAUGUUCUGGUGCAGGAUUACUGUGGCGGGAACCCUGGGACCUUUCGGAUCUUGGUGGGAAGUGAGGGUUGCAUUCAUCCCUCUGUGAAAUGCAAGAAGCGGGUCACCAUCCUGGUGGAAGGAGGGGAGAUUGAACUGUCUGAUGGGGAGGUGAAUGUUAAGAGGCCCCUGAGAGACGAGUCUCACCUUGAGGUGGUUGAGUCGGGCCGGUACGUCAUCCUGCUGCUGGGUCAAGCCCUCUCUGUGGUCUGGGACCACCACCUCAGCAUCUCCGUGGUCCUGAAGCACAGGUACCAGGAACAGGUAUGUGGCCUGUGUGGGAACUUUGAUGGCGUCCAGAACAAUGACCUCACCAGCAGCAGCCUUCAGGUAGAGGAAGACCCCAUUGACUUUGGGAAUUCCUGGAAAGUGAGCUCACAGUGUGCCGACACAAGAAAGCUGUCACUGGAUGUGUCCCCUGCCACCUGCCACAACAACAUCCUGAAACAGUCAGCGGUGGACUCAUCCUGCAGAAUCCUUACCAGCAACAUUUUCCAGGGCUGCAACAGGCUGGUGGACCCUGAGCCAUACCUGGACAUCUGCAUUUAUGACACUUGCUCCUGUGAGUCCAUUGGGGACUGCGCCUGCUUCUGUGACACCAUCGCUGCCUACGCUCAUGUGUGUGCCCAGCACGGCCAGGUGGUAGCCUGGAGGACACCCACACUGUGCCCCCAGAGCUGUGAGGAGAAGAACAUCCGGGAAACCGGCUAUGAGUGCGAAUGGCGCUAUAACAGCUGUGGGCCUGCCUGCCCAGUCACAUGCCAGCACCCGGAGCCUCUGGCUUGCCCUGUGCGGUGCAUGGAGGGCUGCCACGCCCACUGCCCUCCAGGAAGAAUCCUGGAUGAACUUCUGCAGACUUGUGUGGACCCCCAAGACUGCCCUGUGUGCGAGGUGGCUGGUCGGCGGUUGGCCCCUGGCAAGAAAGUCACUUUGAGCCCUGAUGACCCUGCUCAGUGUCAGAAUUGUCACUGUGAUGGUACCAACCUUACCUGCAAAGCCUGCCGAGAGCCUGGAGGUCUGCUGGUACCCCCGACAGAUGGACCGGUCAUUUCUACCACCCCAUAUGUUGAAGAGACUCCCGAGCCGCCCCUGGACAGCUUCUCCUGCGACAAGCUACUGGAUCUCGUCUUUCUUCUGGAUGGCUCCUCCAGGCUCUCCGAGGCCGAGUUUGAAGUGCUCAAGGCGUUUGUGGUGGGUAUGAUGGAGAAGCUCCGCAUCUCUCAGAAGCGCAUCCGUGUGGCAGUGGCGGAGUACCACGAUGGCACCCACUCCUACAUUGAGCUCAAGGCCCGGAAGCGGCCCUCAGAGCUCCGGCGCAUUGCCAGCCAGGUUAAGUAUGCAGGCGGCCAGGUGGCCUCUACCAGCGAGGUUUUGAAGUACACGCUGUUCCAGAUCUUUGGCAAAGUGGACCGCCCAGAAGCCUCCCGCAUCGCCCUGCUCCUGACUGCUAGCCAGGAGCCCCCUCGGACGGCCAGGCAUUUGGUCCGCUAUGCCCAGGGCCUGAAGAAGAAGAAGGUCAUUGUGGUCCCCGUGGGCAUUGGGCCACAUGCCAGCCUCAAGCAGAUCCGUCUCAUUGAGAAGCAGGCCCCCGAAAACAAGGCCUUUCUCCUCAGUGGGGUGGAUGAGCUGGAGCAGAGAAGGGAUGAGAUAAUCAGUUACCUCUGUGACCUUGCCCCUGAGCCCCCGGCCCCUACUCAGCCUCCCCGGGUAGCACAGGUCACCCUGGGUCCAGGGACCUCUGAGGUUUCAUCACCAGGACCAAAGAGGAAGUCCAUGGUUCUGGAUGUGGUGUUUGUCCUGGAGGGGUCAGACGAAGUUGGUGAAGCCAACUUCAAUAAGAGCAAAGAGUUCCUGGAGGAGACAAUACAGCGCAUGGAUGUGGCCCAGCAUGGCAUCCACGUGGCGGUACUGCAGUACUCAUACACGGUCACCGUGGAGUACACCUUCAACGAGGCCCAGUCCAAGCAGGAUGUGCUGCAGCACGUGCGAGAGAUCCGCUACCGUGGCGGCAACAGGACCAACACUGGGCAGGCCCUGCAGUACGUUUCUGAGCACAGCUUCUCUCCCGGCCAGGGGGACCGGGAACAGGCCCCUAACCUGGUCUACCUGGUCACGGGGAACCCUGCCUCUGAUGAGAUCAAGAGGUUGCCUGGAGACAUCCAGGUGGUGCCCAUUGGGGUGGGUCCCCAGGCCAAUGUGCACGAACUGGAGAGAAUCAGCAGGCCCAACAUGCCCAUCUUCAUCCGAGACUUUGAGACGCUUCCCAGAGAGGCUCCGGACCUGGUUCUGCAGAGAUGCUGCUCCAAGGAGGGGCUACCGCUGCCCACCCUGUCCCCUACCCCUGACUGUAGCCAACCCCUGGAUGUGGUCCUCCUCCUGGAUGGCUCCUCUGCUUUGCCGGAUGCUCACUUUGAAAAGAUGAAGAGUUUUGCCAAGGCUUUCAUUUCAAAGGCCAACCUUGGGCCCCACCUCACUCAGGUGUCCGUGAUGCAGUACGGAAGCAUCAAUACCGUCGAUGUACCAUGGAACGUGGCUCAGGAGAAAGCCCAUCUACUGAGUUUGGUGGACUUCAUGCAGCGGGAAGGCGGCUCCAGCCGGAUUGGAGAUGCUUUGGCCUUUGCCGUGCGCUAUGUAACUUCACAAAUCCACGGAGCCAGGCCUGGAGCCUCCAAGGCAGUGGUCAUCCUUGUCAUGGAUACCUCCUCAGAGUCUCUGGACGCAGCAGCAGAUGCUGCCAGAUCCAACCGAGUAGCAGUGUUCCCCAUUGGGGUCGGGGAUCGAUAUGACGAGGCCCAGCUGAGGAUCUUGGCAGGCCCUGGGGCCAGCUCCAAUGUCAUAAAGCUCCAGCAAAUUGAAGACCUCCCCAGCAUGGCCACCUUGGGCAAUUCCCUCUUCCAGAAACUGUGCUCUGGGUUUUCUGGAGUUUGUGUGGAUGAGGAUGGGAACGAGAAGAGGCCGGGGGAUGUCUGGACCUUGCCAGAUCAGUGCCACACAGUGACCUGCUUGCCAAGUGGCCAGACCUUGCUGCAGAGUCACCGGGUCAACUGUGACCAUGGACCCAGGCCUUCAUGUUCCAACAGCCAGUCCCCUGUUCGGGUGGAGGAGACCUGUGGCUGCCGCUGGACCUGUCCCUGUGUGUGCACCGGCAGUUCCACCCGGCACAUCGUCACCUUCGAUGGGCAGAACUUCAAGCUGACAGGCAGCUGCUCUUACGUCCUCUUUCAGAACGCGGAGCAGGACUUGGAGGUGGUCCUCCACAACGGGGCCUGCAGCCCUGGGGCAAUGCAGGCCUGCAUGAGGUCCAUUGAGGUGAAGCAUGCCGGCCUGUCUGUUGAGCUGCACAGCAACAUGGAGAUGGCAGUGAAUGGGAGACCGGUCCUUGCCCCUUACGUGGGCAGCAACAUGGAAGUCAGGAUCUACGGUGCCAUCAUGUAUGAAGUCAGGUUCAACCGUCUUGGCCACAUCCUCACAUUCACGCCCCAAAACAAUGAGUUCCAGCUGCAGCUUAGCCCCAAGACCUUUGCUUCCAAGAUGUAUGGUCUCUGUGGCAUCUGUGAUGAGAAUGGGGCCAAUGACUUUAUGUUGCGGGAUGGAACGGUCACCACAGACUGGAAGAGGCUUAUCCAGGAAUGGACCGUGCAGCAGGCAGGGCGCACGUGCCAGGCUGUUCCUGAGGAGCAGUGUCCUGCCCCUGACAGCUCCCUCUGUCAGGUCCUCCUCUCAGCGCUCUUUGCUGAAUGCCAUAAGGUCGUUGCCCCAGCCACGUUCCACAGCAUCUGCCAGCAAGACAGUUGCCACCGGGAGCGAGUGUGUGAGGUGAUCGCUUCUUACGCCCAUCUAUGUCGGACCAGCGGGGUCUGUGUUGAUUGGAGGACUGCUGACUUCUGUGCUCUGUCAUGCCCACCGUCCCUGGUAUAUAACCACUGUGGGCGGGGCUGCCCUCGGCACUGUGACGGGAACGCUAGCUUCUGUGGGGACCACCCCUCCGAAGGCUGCUUCUGUCCCCAACACCAAGUCUUGCUGGAAGGCAGCUGUGUCCCCGAGGAGGCCUGCACUCAGUGUGUCGGGGAGGAUGGAGUCCGCCAUCAGUUCCUAGAGACCUGGGUCCCAGAGCAUCAGCCCUGCCAGAUCUGUAUGUGCCUGAGUGGGAGGAAGAUUAACUGUACUGAACAGCCAUGCCCCACAGCCAGAGCCCCCACGUGUGGUCUGUGUGAAGUGGCCCGCCUCAAGCAGAGUGCAAACCUGUGCUGCCCAGAGUAUGAGUGUGUGUGUGACCUGGUCAGCUGCACCUUGCCUCCGGUGCCUCCAUGUGAAGGAGGACUCCAGCCGACCCUGACGAAUCCCGGAGAAUGCAGGCCCACCUUCACCUGCGCCUGCAGGAAGGAAGAGUGCAAAAGAGUGUCCCCGCCCUCCUGCCCCCCUCACCGGACACCUACCCUUCGGAAGACCCAGUGCUGUGAUGAGUAUGAGUGCGCUUGCAGCUGUGCCAACUCCACCGUCAGCUGCCCACUUGGGUACCUGGCCUCAGCCACCACCAAUGACUGUGGCUGCACCACAACCACCUGUAUCCCUGACAAGGUUUGUGUCCACCGAGGCACCAUCUACCCCGUGGGCCAGUUCUGGGAGGAGGGCUGUGACACAUGCACCUGCACCGACAUGGAGGAUACUGUCAUGGGUCUUCGUGUGGCCCAGUGCUCGAAGAAGCCGUGUGAAGACAGCUGUCAGCCAGGUUUCUCUUAUGUUUUCCAUGAAGGUGAGUGCUGUGGAAAGUGCCUGCCCUCUGCUUGCGAGAUGGUGGCCGGCUUGCUGCGGGGAGAUUCCCUCUCUUCCUGGAUAGAAGUUGGAUCCCAAUGGCCUGUCCCUGAGAACCCCUGCCUCAUCAACGAGUGUGUCCGAGUGGACGAGGCAGUCUUUGUGCAGCAGAAAAACAUCUCCUGCCCCCAGCUGGCUGUCCCUACUUGUCCCACAGGCUUCCAGCUGAGCUGUGAGACCCCAGAAUGCUGCCCUAUCUGUCACUGUGAGCCGGUGGAGGCGUGCCUGCUCAAUGGCACCAUCAUCGGGCCGGGGAGGAGUGUGAUGGUUGAUUUGUGCACCACCUGCCGCUGCACCGUGGAGGCAGGAGUCAUCUCCAGAUUCAAGCUGGAGUGCAGGAAGACCACCUGUGAGGCCUGCCCCCUGGGCUAUCGGGAAGAGAAGAACCCAGGCGAGUGCUGUGGGAGAUGUUUGCCUACGGCUUGCACUAUUCAGCUAAGAGGAGGACAGAUCACGACACUGAAGCGUGACGAGACACUCCAAGAUGGCUGUGAUAGUCAUCUCUGCAAGGUCAAUGAGAGAGGAGAGUACAUCUGGGAGAAGAGGGUCACAGGCUGCCCACCCUUUGAUGAACGCAGGUGUCUGGCUGAAGGAGGGAAAGUUGUGAAAAUUCCAGGCACCUGCUGUGACACAUGUGAGGAGCCUGACUGCAAAGACAUCAUAGCCAAGCUACAGUACGUCAAAGUGGGAGACUGUAAGUCCCAAGAGGAAGUGGACAUUCAUUACUGCCAGGGCAAGUGUGCCAGCAAAGCUGUAUACUCCAUUGACAUAGAGGACGUGCAGGAACACUGCUCUUGCUGCUGGCCCUCCAGGACGGAGCCCAUGCGUGUGCCCUUGCACUGCACCAAUGGCUCUGUCGUGUACCACGAGGUCAUCAAUGCCAUGCAGUGCAGGUGUGCUCCCCGGAAGUGCAGCAAGUGAGUGGACUCCCACCGCUGCCCGUGCUGUGGCCUGACCAGCCGGAGAGUCACUCCAUCCCCUGUGCAUCCUGCCCUCUGUGCCCCACCCCCCCGGGUCCACAAUAAAGGCCAAGCUCUCAUCUUAA